UUUUCCUCAAUAGGGGAAGAAAGGGACAAAAGCUGGACCAAAAAUAACUUAUCUCGUGAGUGCGUUCGCAAAUAUCACCUUUCAUAUCUGACUACGGUCUUCGUGCCGCGGUGUGUGCGGACCGAGGAUGCGGCUCGGGUGAGUGCGUGUGUGCAGCGCUGGCAGCAGACGCAGCUCACCGACACACACAGUUGCGGGCCGGUGGAAGUGGGAGACGUUAGCUCUGCUGGAGGAGGCACAGCGACGACUAACGUUAAUCUACGCUGAAAAUUGGACGAGCUGCUGAAGAAUCAUGUAUCAGCCUCCGGUUGGAAAUAUUGAGAAGAUCAGAAAGGCACGCAAAGCAGUGAAGAGCAUCCUGAGUGAGAUUGGCCUGGAAGACUGUCAGAACCUGCUGAAGACUCUCAAUGAAAACUCAGAGAAAAAAGAAGAAGAAGAUGAGGCCUUUCGAGAAACUGAGUGGGUUGAUAUCACAGAUGGAUACAAUGGCAGACUGCAGAAGAAGUGGCCGUAUCGGUCUCGAUCUCUGUGCUGUAACCUGUGCAAGUACUCGUCACAUAACAUCUACAACUUCCGGAGCCACGUGUCUCGCUGCCACGGAUACGUUCAGUCCUUCUGUGCGCUGGCACCCUGCUCCCAGUGCCUCUUCAUCGGCCACCCCAAGGUUGUCAAGAAGCACAUGCUGUUCUUCCACGCCAAGCUCCCCGUGCCGAACACCCACAUACAACUGCCAAGGGAAGGGUCCUUAACCACCCACCGGGGAAACGAGCGGUAUCAGUGUCGAAGAUGUGGAUAUCCGUCGUCUUCUAUCUUCGCGAUGAAGAAGCACAUCAUCCUCAAGCACUUGGACAGUUUGGCGGAGCAGUACAUCGGUUACAGAUUACACCUGCAGGGGGGUUCGUCUAUAAAGGUCUACUGCUGCAAGGUGUGCAAGGUGAACACUGGAAACCUAGACCAAAUGUUGCAUCACAUGCUCGUUGAGCCAUCGCACUAUUCGGUCAGCACACAAGUGCAGAGCCUGAUUUAUGAGAAUAAGAACUACACCAUUAAACCAACACCUAACGGGAAUGGCCUGUUUGUGACAUUUCCAAGUAUCGCUCCUAAACCACAGCAACCUCAAAUGUUCAACAGUAAGUCGUUGGUCUUACCGAGUAAUGGCCAACCUGCUGGGACUGUAGUGGCGUUACAGCAGCUACAAGGAACUACAAACAGUACUACUCUGAUCUGUGCCCCUGGAACCAACCAAGCUUUUCUGCCUCCUCAAGCGUCAGCGCUAGUGCAGCUAGCUAGCGCUGAGGCUAAAGGUUUGCUCCAGCCCGGUGCCACGAUAGCUCUCCGAAGUGCUUUGCCCCCAGGGCCGUCUAUGGUCCAGCUUCCCACAAUGUCCAACGUGUCUCUGAAACAGGCACCAGUGACUUUAGCUCCCAUCUCUGCUCCACCACAACCGACUCCACAACCGCAGCAGAUCCUCCUUCCAUCAGGGCUGCACGCCAACAUGGCAGCUGGAACCGGGACUGUACCUAAACCUGCUGUGGCUGCAAAAAAUGCAUCAACAAACCAAAUGGCCCUUCAAGGUACCAUGCUGACUUCACAGUCUCUGCUGAGUCACCUAAUCCCGACCGGCAACAAAGUGAACGGCAUGCCCACGUACACUUUUGCUCCGCUGCAAGUAGCGAUGCCUGUCUCUCAGAGCACAAGUACUCCUCAUAAGACUGUUGAGCAACAAAGUCAUGCUGUACCACAAACUAAGAAAUGGAUUACAUGUCCCCUCUGUAACGAACUUUUCCCUUCCAAUGUGUUUGACAUGCAUACAGAGGUCGCACACCAGACUAAAUCUGCUUCCUCAAAGUCAGAAAGUGUGGCAGCAAGAGCAGCGUUCCUGAAGAAAAUGCCUGACAAAACUGUUAAAUGUUUAACAUGCAAAAUUUUACUCUCAGAAAAGAGCGUCUUCCAACACCUGCUGCACGGCCUCAAUUGUUUAUACUGCUCAGCUUUGUUCUUUUCAAUCAAACAGCUUGCUGAGCAUGUAAAGCAGCACAAUCCCACAAGCAAAGCCUACUGUGAUUUCCUGAGGCAGAAAUACAGGGUUUAUUCUAAAGGUGUUGGAGGGAUCCUGUUCCCUUACUUCGACGUCCACACCACUGCACCAAAAGAGGUCCUCGGAGACACAGAGGUCAAUCUCGCUCUGGUCACAAAUUCCCUCGACCUGAUCUUCUUUAAGUUGCAGCCCAGCAGCCAGCCAGAAAUCUGUGCAGCUCCUGCAAAAAUCAACAGUGCGUACUGUCCCUUCUGUGACGAGAAGUUUCAGCACGAAUCGGACCACCUGCAGCACCUGAAGCAGAAGCACUUUGUAGCACCCACCAUUCAUGCCAUCCUCAAGACGGAGGCUUUCAAGUGCAUAUACUGCAACGGCGUUUACACAGGAAAGGUCACCCAGCAAGCUGUGAUGCUCCACAUUCAACGGUGCAGGUGUUCACCCAAACCGCCACCGCCACCCAAACCGCCUGCAGUUGUAACGCAACAUCCACUGCGAGCAGCGCCGCAGCUCAGUCAGGCGUCUGGACUCUACUUUCUGCAGAUGCCCCAGGGGCUGACUAUGAAACAGACUUUAGCUCCGGCUCGUGUGAUUUCGGCCACACGCGCUCCGGACCCUCCAGAAACAGAAGCGGAGAUGCAGUCUAAGAAGAGACUGGAGGCCGCAUGGAGGGAGGUCAUGGAGACCAACAAACGAGAGCGAGAACAAAGGGCGGCCAUGCGCAGGAAGCGGGAGCAGGAAAAGCUGCAGCCUCCACCGGAGCUUGAGGUUCAGACCGACCCUGCAGUCAAGCUGAUGCUGGAGCCGACACCGAUGGAGCGCCGCUGCAGCGAGGAGCGCAGAGACUUCAUAUCGAAAUACUUCAACGUGAACCCUUACGCGACCAAAGCCGAGACCGACGAGCUGUGCAGGAGGCUGUCGCUCACCAAAGCAGAGCUGGCGGCGCUUUUCAGCAAGAAGCGCAGCAAGUGCAUGAAGAGUCUCAAGAGGAACACGACUGCAGUUCUGCUCGGCUUCAACAUGAACGAAGUGAACAAAGUUAAGCACAACCUCCUCAUCCCGGAGCAGCAGCCCGCCGAGACGGCCGAGCUGACGGACGCCGACGCAAUGGAGCCGAUGGAAAGCAGCGGUGAGGACGGACCUGAGCCGAUGGAUGAAAGCGGAAAUGAUAAAGCUGCAGAGGAGGAACAGGUGCAGGCGAUGGAGUGAGUUCAGAAACGUGUGAAGAUGGAACCUAAAAACAGCAAAUAAUACAAAUGUAUGAUUUAAAAACUGACUAAAAAAAAAAAAAAUCAAUGAUGGCCUUUUCUGUUGACAGACAUUAGAGAAGUUUAUCACACAGCGUAAACAAUGAUGUAUUUCCUUAAAAGUUCACCAGUAACUGAGGCAGUUUGUUAAUGUAGCCUUCAUUAAUAGUGCUUCAUUUGACUUCAGUAGGUUGCAGUGGUCCACAUCCUGAUUUCCACAUUAAUGCAAAGCCUUGUUGUUGAUGCUCCUUUGGAACAUGAUAAUCAGUACACAGAUGUAUCGUCUGAAUUAUUAUGAUGCAACUAUUUAGCUAUAUACAAGUUCCCAUUCAACAAUGGCUGCAGACUUACGUACUGAUUUCUCCCCUGGUAGCUGCUUUUUGCACCCUUUAUUUAUGCCUGUUUGUACAAAGUUGUUUUUUUUUUUUUAUUAUUAUUAUUUUGUAGUGAACACCAUGUUAUAGAGUUGAUUUUAUUAUGUCAAAGCUUUCCUUCACAGAUCUGAACCUAAGUCUGCCAUGUGCACAGCUCCUUCUUUUUGAUUUUUUCCCCGUUUUAGUUCAUCUUUGGGAUCAUUCGCACCACUUGCCCCUCCGCAGUUCUACGUUUUUUUUAAAAGGGGGAUUCUGUUUUUACAUUCGUUGCUUCCCAACUCCUGCACACCGUUGAGAUAUAAUGAGGUGAAUGUUCAUCCUGCAGUUUUGAAGCCAAAUUCUAAAGAAUGUAAAAAAAAAAAAAAGAAGUUGCGUGACCGUUGAAUUCCCACAGUUAAAGAACUCCUCGUUGACCAUGUUGCUUGCAUGAGCCUCUGUUUUGUUGUCGGAUGAAAUUCUAAUUUGUGCCAUUGUGGAGUCGACAUAUUUGCAUAGACUUGUGGAAAUUUUACCUAGAGACUCAACAAAAACAUCAAACGUUAUACUGGGUGUUCCCCACUUAGCUUCUGUUCUCCUGACGGCAGUUUUUUUUUUUUUUUGUACAAUACUUGUAUUUUCUAUAAUUCCUAGAGUAUGAAAAAUGUUGGGAGAGGUCAAAACUAAGCAUCAUUCUGUCCAAGGCCACUGUGUUGUGUAAAAUAAAGUGGUAUCCUUUUACAUAAA